CCCGGCCCUUCCACCCGACCAGAGGCCAACCAUAUUGAAGCCAGGUGCUCCCCCAGUAGAGGCGAUUCGUCCAGACGAGCCCUCAACAAUUCCGUGAGGUGUAAGGACAACGAGUGAGAAUUAUCUCGCCAUAGAGAUGAACAUUUCUAAUCAAAUCUAACAAUAAACAACAUAGAAUGUCCUGGCAUAUCUUUACAGUGCCCCCCAAUAAAGUGGCCGAAGGGGCUCGCUUAUCAUGAACGAUACGUAUAAGGCCGAAGUUACAUAGACCUCAUUCGUUCAUUUACCACGAGUCACUUUCCGGGUUUUUCUUUCAUUCCUCGGUGAAUGCACGCCACAAGGCCGUGCUUUUACAGGGGAACGAAAGCUAAAGGGGAAAAUGAGUCCUGGGAAAUGAACGAAUGAGGUCUAUGUAACUUCGGCCUAAUGAACAAGUAAGGGUAGCAUUGACUUUCAAAGAUGAUCAAUGCUGCAGCGUGAUAUUGCAGUGAAUGUAUAAUGUGCUAAAAUAUGACUCUAUAGAGCAAUCAUAUGAACACUGUGAUAUUAGUUAUGUCAUGAGCCAUACAUACAUGAUCGUAGAUGAAUAAUAAUAGCAAAAAUAGCAUUGACUUUCAGUAAUGACUAUGCUGUACUCUGUCAGCUAACAAUAGAUUCUUACAAUGACAAAGCGUUACAUCUCACAAUCAAUAUUUCCAAGGUAUUGACUACUUUCGGCGCGUGAUCUACAUGGAUGAGGCAAUUACAUGAGCCACACCCUAUGUGGUGAUAUAAGUGAGCUGUCAGGAUGUAGGUAUAGUAUAACAUCCGAGCUGAAUAGGAUACACAAGCAGUGUGGCGCUUGCUGGUGGAAAUAAGAAAUAUGUUCUAGUGGUGUACUACACUGUAGCCAUACUUUUUAUAUCGGCUGUUCCGACGGUCAUCGGCUCUGACUAGGACGCUGGAGGACGAAACUUUAGUAUUUUAUUCCUAGAUAAUUGUAUAUGAGUCUGGAUACAAGGACUGUAGCCUAGAUGUAGGAAUUUAAGAAUGGACCAGAAACCCGACCCAAAAUCAUGGAUGGAUGCAUUGUCGUGGCAGUACGGUCGGUCGCAGCCCGGUCCAUCUCCAAGACAAGAGGAGUCUUCACGGCAAAACCGUCCUUCAUCGAGUAGCAAACCCGAACAAAAUGUCCAGUCCUCGCAGAGUGAUCAGCCCCAGAGACACAUUCAACCUUCGAAGCAAGGCCCGGCUCGACAAGCCCCGUCUCCUCAGGAAAGUCAGCCCCAAAGACCGGACAUGAAAUCAUGGAUGGACGCAUUGUCGUGGCAGUAUGGUCGGUCGAAACCCAGUCCGACGCCAAGACAAGAGGAAUCUUCAAAGCGAAACUGGCCUUCAACGAAUAACGUACCCAAAGAAAAUGGCCAGUCCUCGCAGCCUCAAAGAAAUAUCUAUCCUUCGAAUCAAGGCCCUACUCGGCAAGCCCAGUCUCCACAGGAAAACCAGCCCUCAAAACCGGACUUGAAAUCGUGGAUGAAUGCAUUGUCGUGGCAGUAUGGUCGGUCUUCACAACAGCCUCCUCCUCAACACAACCGGGCUUCGCAGCAUGGUGAGCCUCCACGAACCGUCCAUCCUUCAUCCUCGUCGAACGUUCAGCCUCAACAACUCGACCAGUCUCUGUCUUAUAGAGGGCCCGAAACGUGCGGGCAAUACAACCAGUCAACACAGUACAGCCAGCAAGAUAGUGAUCCAUCAGGCCAGUACGGCCAUCGUGAUCAGCACGGUCGACAUUUUCAUGAGUAUGGCCAACCUGCCCACUAUGCUCAGACCGUGGACAGUGACCAGCCCGCGCAGUGUUACCAAAUAAGGCUGUAUGAGCCGGGGCAGCAGCAAGACUGCCCACCGCCCGUUAAAGCACCUACAUGUAGGCCUCGCAGCAAUCCUGAUGACUUCAAGGUCCGAGAGGCCAUGAUCCCUGGAAUUCUCCUGAUCAUCACCUCCCUGAUAAAUGCAGUCUGUCUUGCUGUACUUCUUAGUGUAUAUACGAGGAUCGAGAAAACGUCCACGGCGGAGAUGAGUUUGGCACUACUGUUCUACGCGAUUGUUGGUGCGCUCGGAAUCGUCAGUGCAAUUUGGUCAGACAGAAAUAUUGCCGUUGGGAUCAUCGUAAUGGCGACCAUCACUUGUGUAAUUUCAGGAUAUCAGAUAUGUCUCAACGCCAGCAUCAUAUAUUCCCAUGAUUUGACCAGACGCCAGUUCGGAUGGCCGCGGACCUACCAUUUUCAAUCCCCGGCCAUGAUUAUCCCGUUGGCAAACGAAGUUGUCGGGUGGUUAAGCUUUAUACUCUGCGUAACCCUGAUAGUCCUGGCCAGCAAGGUGGUGUGUCGUACUUGCUUCUGGUGCUACACAUGGCAGCCGCGACAGACGAUCGGUCAGGACCACGGCCAAGCUGUAAUUGGGACUCACAACACUGCGCAAAUAGUUGAUGGACUGAAUUCGCAGCCGUAUUCCGGACAACCAGGGUCUUUUGUGUAUACUAGUAGCUCACAGACUAAACUUUUAGACCCCGAUGAUAUGGACGCUGUACUUCGUGUCACUAGCUUUUAAAACUGUGAAAUAGUCGAUAUUUAAAUGCCCACUUGUACAUGUUGUACUGUACUUUACAUGAUGGAACAUGAGCUUUAAACGAGAGUAUCUUAAGAGAAUAAUGGGCCGGUGUAUCAAACAGGAACUUGAGUUGAGAUCUAGUUGUGAUAGUCCGGGAGAUUGUUUUAUGUUUGACCGCAAUCUAAGGUUAAGGUCUCUAGCUGUUCCAUUGAACUGCCUUUGUGAAUCAAUUGAUGGGGGUGGGGAUUGGUCGUUAAUUCUGGCAUCUUCACGGUGAUUACUUCAAGAAACUUGGGGUAGCACUUCACUCGGUAACGGCGGUCUGUGUUGGCAGUUACGGUACAAUGUCAUCCCUAAGUCUAGUUCCGAGUCUGCGCAGGAGUUUAGCAAUAAAAACCGUUGAUUUGAUCUCUCAUGUUGGCAAAUGACUGGUGUGAAAAUCAUCGCACUGCUCAUUAUACAUGUACAUAUAUACAAUGUGUGCAAUUGGCCCGUUAUAAAUAUGAACGCCUGACACAAUUCUAUGAAUACUUGCAAAGGUUAUGACGAACACUCAGACAUACUUCUGUAACCUUUCUCGUUAGCAGUCAUGCACACCACACAGUUCAUCAUUCAACCUGGAACCUCCCUCGACAAACGCAAACGGUAGGUCGGACAAACGUUAUCAAUGUCGGAUCAGGCGUACCAUGAAGCCCAGAAACUAAAGGGUUCAAUCGACACGUGUUUUAGAUGGUUAAUUUAAUAACUAGGACAGAGAGUGACCGACCUUAUCUUAAGUAGUGAAGCUUUGCCAUUGAUUUCAGAUUGUUUAUAAGUGAAAAGUUAGCCUGUAGUUAGCCUGAGCUUGUACGAUCUCGGGUUCAGCCUCAGACAAGCCUGCUUUGUAGCUCCGUACGAGUUGAUCAUGUUCAAAAGAUUUUUUCAAAUAUUAUCCCAAAUGUGUUCAUUGCUGGUAUAUGUGAAUAAAUAUGUGAUGCGGUUUAAAAUAUGAUUAUCUCAGUGAUUCAAAUGUAACUUAACAUUGUUUCUGGAGCUGAAAUAAACGUGAU